AUGGAAUCUAGAGAUGCAAUCAACUCUCUUACAGAUGAGAUACUUGCUAAGAUAUUGUCUCAUCUUCCCACAAAACGAGCUGUUUCUACGUCUGUCCUCUCUAAAAGGUGGAGGAAUCUGUUUCCGUUGAUGAAUCAUCUCUUCGCUCCUCAACAUCAUUUCUGUUUAGACGACUCUGACCUACUUUAUCCUGAGGUAAAGAUUGAUGAUACAACGAAAGCUAGAGAGAGGCAGCAAGAUGUGCACCAGAGGUUCAGAGAUUUCGUGGGGAAAACACUUUCCGGUAGCAAUACCAUAAAGAAACUCUCGCUGAAAUGUCAAGAUGGUCAUAUCAGUACCGACGAAUGGAUACGCAUUGCCUUGGAUAAAGGUCUCGUGGAUCUUGAUCUGCGUCUAACGACGAGUGUGCAUCAUGAGGCAGCGUGUUUGCUUAAUAGUCUUGUCUUCACAAACAAGACGCUGGUUAAGCUAACUUUAGGAAUAGAGAUUGGGCCUAUUAUAAUAGAGAUUCUAAAAGUGUGUCUUCCAGUGCUAAAGAGUCUCGUCUUACAUGGAUUUUGGUUUAUAUGCGAGAAACUGUGCCGUAGGAUGCUUCCUGGUUGUCCUGUACUUGAGGAAUUAUCAUUACAUUAUUACCUUGGUGGUUACGAGCAUACUCAACCAUCUUCCCCAUACUUGUAUGUAUCCCACAAAACCCUCAAGAAACUCACAGUUCACGCCAAUAACUGUGUUGACGUGUGUGCAUCCACGACAUUCGACACACCGAGUCUUGUUUACAUCGAUUACUCUGGUCACGCUCCUUUGGAAUAUGAGGUAAGGACCGCCAAACCCUUGGUUUCCCUUGUCGAAGCCAAACUAGAUGUUGAUGUGCCAGAGAUGCAUAGAUCGAGUGUAUAUCUAUCUUGGAUCUUUAUCUGGGCGAGCAACGUUAAGAACCUUUCCCUCUCUUCGCUUACUGUUAAGGAAAUGUUAAGAAGCGGUAUGGUAAUACCUUCCUUUGUAAACCUUGUUAAACUUUCUAUAGAGAGUAACACAAGACAAGGUUGGCAAGUGCUUCCGGAUCUGCUCUACAGAUCUCCAAAACUUGAAACUUUGGUCCUCAAGGGCUUGCACUGUAUAGGAAAAGAGGGAGUCUACUACAUUGGUCGACCAAGUGAAGUGAAAGUGUUGGAGAUAUAUGGGUUCAGAGGAAAUGUUGGAGAAUUUACACAAACCAAGUGGUUUUUGUGGCAUUUGCAGUUUCUUCAAGUGAUGAAAGUGGAAAUUGAUGCUGAUGAUGAUGACAAGAAACUGCAACUCACCAGUGACCUCCUUGCUCUUCCUAAGCGUUCAUCUAAAUGCCAAAUCCAUUUCUUGUGA